AUGUCGGUUUACGAGCAAAACCGGCACCGUGUGGAGGAGCUUGUCAGGGGUCUCUACACCAGCCACAAUGUGGAGGGAGAGCGUGAGAUAAUAAUGGCGUUGGCAAACUUGGUGCAGCAAGGCAAUGCGCAGUUGGUUUUGGACGAAGUCAAGGAGCAUCUAAAGCACGGACCUCCGGCAGAGCAGGAACGCUCUAUAGUUAUCUUGGACCAAUUGCUGUUGAACUGCAUGCCUCAAUUUGCCGGUUUGGUGUCGUCUGAAAAAUGGGCUGAGCGUCUCUUGAAGGUAGCAAAGACCACUAGUUCGAAAAGGGUCACUCACAAGAUCAUUGAGACGGUUAUUUUAUGGCAAAAGAGGUACCGCACCGAUGGCUUUAAGCGUUGUGCGCAGCGUCUUUCCCACAGCAAAGCUUUGGGAGACAUGUUCGACCGAGUGUGGAACCAAAUUGCUACGGAGGAGCGCUCCUUGAUGUCUGGCAGAAACAGCAGUCUUAAGGACAGCAAGGAACAAGCCACCGUUAAAGCUACUGACAAACAUCACACGCUUAAUCAGGCAGAAACUAUUGUGCUUGAGGCCCAAGGUGAUCUUGCCUCGCUGGAGUACGCUCUUGAACACCCACACAUUCUUCAUGAUGAGGACAUCGCCAAGGAGUGUAAGGAGCAUAAGCUCAACUGCAUGCGCCUACUUGAGAGUGGACAGUAUGAAGAAUUUGCCUCAGAGCUAAUGCAGUUGAUUGAACGUUUUUCAGAAGCAUUGGAACUCUAUGAGGCAAUGACUGGAUUUGACAUGGGUGAGGGUGAGGCGGCGCGACAGCGCGCACUCUUUGGGGGCGAGGGAAAUGGGGUCAUACUGGAUAGCGAUGAUGAGGAACACACAAGGCGACUUCAUCAGCGUGCUGCCCCACCACAGAAUGCUGAGCAGGCUCUGCUAAAGGCUCAAGAAGCCACACAACAGUUGGUCCAGCAGGAGCGUUCUGUGACAGCAGAACUGCGCAAUCAGCUUGAGGAACUUCGCCGCAAGCAUGCUGAGUUAAAUAACAAAUACAAAGACGCCAAGGCCAAAAAUAGGGAGGCUGUGGCCGCUUUGGAGGAGUACGCUGAUGAAAUUGAGGCACUUAGGGCCGGAGGUGGUGCUGUCCCCCCUGGGACUCGGGGUAUGGCUGGGGCCGGUGCUAAAAACGCAACUGCCGCCCCCCCGAUAUCUGUGGAGGUGGGGAAACGAAUGCGUGAUAAUGUGCUGUUUAUAAGUCAAUCACUACGAGAAUUACGGGAGCGAUACGCUGCUGAUAUUCAAAAAGAGAGUGCAUAUUACGCAUCACAGCUUACCGGUGCCAUUGCUUCUAUUGUUGCUGCUGCAAAGCAGGAACGCCAGAAGGACCAUAAGGCUUUGCUGUGGACGCAGGAGUUAUACAAGAAGGAGAUGAAACUCCGCAAACAAUACUACAAUACGAUUCAGGAACUUAAAGGAAACAUUCGUGUGUACUGUCGUGUGCGUCCGAUGGUGCCUAAAGAGAUCAGUGACGGUCAUUCCUCUGUAAUGGAAUUUCCUUCCACGGAUGAGCUAAAGUUUCUUGAUGCGAGUGGACGUCCGAAGCUGUUUGAGUUUGAUGAAGUGUAUUCACCUAGCGCAACGCAAGCGAAGGUAUUUGAAGAUACAAGUCCUCUCAUUGACAGUGUUGUGGAUGGUUACAAUGUUUGCAUUUUUGCGUAUGGGCAGACAGGAAGUGGUAAAACGUACACUAUGGGUGGAGGAGAGGGGGAAACAAAGGGCAUCAAUACACGAGCGCUGGAGCGUCUUUUUGAUAUUAUUGAGGAACGCAAAGUGACAGAGGAGUCUACGGUUGUCGUUUCAGUACUUGAAAUUUAUUGUGAUAACAUUCGGGACCUGUUGGCAUCUAACGAUGCGGGGAAAGUAUUGUACGAGGUGAAGCAAGGGGGACCAUGCGGCACAUACGUGACUAACCUCACCGAGGUGCCAGUCAAUUCCCCAUUGGAAAUUCACAGUAUCAUGGAACGCGCGAAUAGCAAACGAAGUGAGGGGCAGACGAAUAUGAACGAGCACUCGUCCAGGUCCCACAUGAUUUUGUAUAUCGUGGUUCGAACAACAAAUAAGCAGACAAAAAUGCAAAGUUUUGGAAAACUUUCCUUGGUUGACUUGGCUGGGAGCGAACGACUUGAGAAGAGUGGUGCAAGCGGGCAACAGUUGAAGGAGGCAGUUUCCAUCAAUAAAUCCUUGUCCGCAUUGGGAGACGUCAUUGCUGGGCUUGCACAGAACGGGAAGCAUAUUCCUUUCCGCAACUCUGUUUUGACGUUUCUUCUGCAGGAUUCUAUGGCUGGACAGGCGAAGGUUCUUAUGUUUGUAUGUGUCAGCCCCGCAAGUUACAACGCCAGUGAAAGCAACAGUUCCCUGCAGUUUGCUUCUCGUGCCCGUGGUGUGGCGUUUGGUAAAAUCAAAAAGAACACUGUAGUAGCGUCUUGA